ACGACGCACGUACAUACCGAAGAGUACCGAUUUCAACCGUACUGCAGAAGAGUCCUCAUCAUUUCAAUUUGUUACUGUUUUUGUUUAAAAAAAAAGUAUAAAUAAACAAUUUCAUAUAUAAAAUGGAUUGCAAAAUUAAGUGCUUCUAUUAAAUUGAUUUGAAUAUUUGAUGUGUUAAGACACACAACACGAGGUUAAAGAGAACGGACGUACAGCUGAAGGUGUUUGUUUAAAUGUUUUGUUUAUUUAUUAUUAUUUGUUGAUAUAUUGUGGUUUGUUGUUAAUAUUUGGAUUAUUUGUUGUUGGAUUUGGAUAGUGAAAUAUUUAGGAUAAAUUUUUAGACAAAUUUCAUCAAAGACUUUUUUUACCAAGUGUUUGGAUUUUUCUAAUAGUGCAAAUGUUGAAAAAUCGGUAUAAAGAUUUUGUUGAUUGUAUACAACAAAGCCAAGCUGAUAUUAUCUGAAAGCUUGGUAUUGACAACGUCUUGACGCCGUAGAACGCUUCGCCUUCAAGAAAAUCAAUUGUUGAACAAUAUACCAAUCAAAAUGGUGGUUGUCUGUAAUAAUGAAAAUGAAAACAACAGAGAAUGUGAACCCAUACUUACCGAUUAUGCAGCUUUAUUUGAUAACGAACAUGAUAGCGAUUGUACGUUUAUUGUGGGUCCCGCAGAUGGUGAUACAUGGAGAUUUCCAGGGCAUACACAAAUACUUAGUAAAAAUAAUGUACGAUUACGUGAAAUGUUGCGUAAUAUGCCGCCAUCUAGGACUAUUCAUAUAAACGAUGUUGAUAAACGUGGGUUUGAAUGCUUACUAAGAUGUUUGUAUCGACAAGAAAUAAAUUUCUUGAAAGUGGAAACAGCUUUAAAUGCAUUAAAAACUGGAUUCAAAUAUCAAUGUGUUUUACUAGUCGAGAAAAGUGUCAAAUAUAUUGAUUCAUGUAUGAAUAACACAAAUGUUUUGGAUAUAUUAAUUGAUAUUGGAUUACCAAUACAGAAUAUUCGAGAAGGUGAUUCUGAUUUAGCACAAAUUGAACGAUUUUAUCAUCAAUUACGACAUAAUUGUUUAAUAAUAAUUGAUAAAGAAGCAAGUAAAGUAUUAGAAAAUGAACGCUUUGAAGAUCUCACCCGUGAACAAGUUGAAUUUAUUUUACAACGUGAUAGUUUACAACCCGCACGAGAAUACGAUUGUUGGCGUGCCUUAGAACGAUGGUUAGAUCGUGAAUGUAAACGAUUACAAGUGGAAAAUACGAAUUCAAUGAAACGUAAAAUAUUAGGAAAUACGGAACGUGUUGUACGAUACUCAUUAAUGAAAAAACGUGAAUUUUUGGCAGGACCAUCACGUAUAUUAACUACAACCGAAUCAGAUGAAGUAUUCCGACAAAUAAAGAAUAAAGAACGUAAUUUACGGAACAGUCCUAUAGGACAACCAUUUCCAUUAAGUGAAACUUCGAAAAAACAUCGUAAAAGUUCGAAUUCAUCGAAUAAUUCUACCAAAGUUGCAGCAAAUCGAAUUUAUGAUUUUUGUUUGACGUGUUUAGUAUGUAUUUUCGAUUGAAGAAAAUACGUACCAAAUAUGAUACAGCUAAAUUUUAUACCAAAGAGUAUUUUUUUCGAAUAUAUUUUUUUAAUAAUGAAAAACU